GGCUGUUAAACAUCUGUAAAACAUUUGUUCUCUCUGAGAUAAGUUUUCCUUGUUCAACUCUGUGCCGCCACUGCGGGCGUGUAAAGCAUAACAGUCUGUUUCUGGCCAGCACUCAGAGCUGAGAGGAGCGUUUGUGGUGCGGCACUAAAACGGUUUAUUUACGGUGGAUUUUAAGUGGUUUUCCCCUCCAAAGUAUUAUGGAUGCGAGAAGGGUUUGCUGGAUGUUUUGUCUUCUUCUGCUGGCACACUGCACACAGCAGCAGACAGCACCAAAGAAAAGAAAUGGCAAGAAAGACUCUUCAAACAAUGCUGCAAUUGAGGAACUGAAGAAACAGGUCAAUGACAUCCUUCUGGAGCUGAAUUUGUUGAAAGAGCAGCAAGCUUUGCAAACAGUGUGUCUGAAAGGAACCAAGAUCCUCGGCAAGUGUUUCCUGGCUAAUCCAGUGAAGAAGAACUUCCACGCAGCCAGCGAUGACUGCAUCGCCAAGGGAGGCACCCUGGGCACUCCUCUGACAGGAGACGAGAACGACCAGCUCUACAGCUACGUCCGCCAGAGCAUCGGCCCAGAGGAGCACAUCUGGCUGGGCAUCAAUGACAUGGUGACCGAAGGCCAGUGGGUGGACCAGUCAGGAUCCGGUGUGCGCUUCAAGAACUGGGAGACAGAGAUCACCCUGCAGCCAGACGGAGGGCGCAGUCACAACUGUGCCAUACUGUCCACUACAGCCAAUGGGAAAUGGUUUGAUGAGAGCUGCCGAGCUGAAAAGGCAUCCGUGUGUGAGUUCAAUAUAGUCUGAAACCUUCUUUCUGACAUUUACACCCAUCUGUGCAGAUAAACACUGCUUGCAGAAAAGACAGCCAUCAGGUACAUUCAGCAAUACAUUAAAAUGAAUAAUGUGCUGCAUCUUUCUUAAGCUCACAUUUUCUUGACCAAGCCAUUCAGAUGUUGAUCCAUAUCCGA